GCCGCCUACCCUCGCCGCGCGGCGCGCGCGCGUGCCGCCCCUUCUGGCCCCCCUCCACCCAUCCCCUCCCCCGCGGGCCUCGGCGAGCCCCGCGCCCACCCCCGCCGCGGCCAUGGGAACGAACGCGCUCGGCAUCCCCGUGAAGCUCCUGCACGAGGGCAUCGGGCACACCGUGACCUGCGAGCUGAAGACGGGCGAGAUGUACCGCGGACACCUGAUGAACUGCGAGGACAACAUGAACGCCAUGCUGGAGGGCGUCACCGUGACGGGCCGCGACGGCAAGGUCACCAACCUCGAGCAGGUGUACCUCCGCGGCUCGCAGAUCCGCUACUUCAUCCUCCCAGACAUGCUGCGGCACGCGCCGAUGUUCAAGAAGAAGGGCCGCGGCGCCGGCCGUGGCGUCUACGGCCCGGGCGGGAAGGCGCGCGGCAAGGGGCUGGCCCAGAGGGCCCGGACGGCCGCGGCGGCCACGCGGAAGUGAGCCGCCCGCGGGGGGAGGGGGCUUAGGGGCAACA